AAAAUUGAAGGAGCAAUGGAAAAGAGCAAGGUUCUGGUGGUGGGUGGGAGCGGCUACAUAGGGAGGAGGGUAGUGAAGGCAAGCCUGGCAGAGGGGCAUGAGACGUACGUGCUUCAGAGGACGGAGAUAGGCCUCGACAUUGACAAGCUGCAGAUGCUCCUCUCCUUCAAGAAGCAGGGCGCCCAUCUCGUCGAGGCCUCCUUCUCCGACCACCGAAGCCUCGUUGACGCCGUCAAGCUUGCAGAUGUCGUCAUCUGCGCCAUGUCAGGUGUCCAUUUCCGCUCUCACAACUUGCUCCUGCAGCUCAAACUUGUUGACGCCAUCAAGGAUGCUGGCAACGUUAAGCGUUUUCUGCCUUCGGAAUUCGGCACGGACCCAGCACGAAUGAAAAAUGCAAUGGAACCAGGAAGAGUCUCUUUUGACGAAAAAAUGACAGUGAGAAAAGCAAUAGAGGAGGCCAACAUCCCUUUUACUUACAUCUCUGCCAACUGUUUUGCGGGAUAUUUUGCUGGUAAUCUCUCUCAGAUGGGAACUCUUUUACCUCCAAAAGACAAGGUCCUUAUCUAUGGAGAUGGCAAUGUUAAAGUUGUUUAUAUGGAUGAAGAUGAUAUUGCGACAUACACAAUAAAGACAAUUGAUGAUCCUCGAACAUUGAAUAAGACGGUGUACCUAAGGCCGCCAGAAAACAUUCUCACCCAGAGAGAGCUCAUUGAGAUGUGGGAGAAACUCAUACAAAGGAAACUAAACAAGUCUUUCUUAUCCAAGCAAGAACUUCUUUCUUCUAUGGAAGGUUUGGAUUAUGCAAGCCAAGUGGGAGUGAGCCAUUACUACCACAUAUACUAUGAAGGGUGUUUGACAAACUUUGAAAUAGGAGAUGAGGGAGUAGAAACCUCAGAGCUUUAUCCAGAGGUGACAUACACACGCAUGAAUGAAUACCUAAAAUUAUACCUAUAAUAAUAAUUAAGACCUCAAACAUGGUAUUCUUAUUCCACGAGCAAUAGUAUGCAAAAAGUCCAAUGAGGAC